ACUUUGAUUUGAUUUUACUGAAGUUUAUAACAUAAAUUAAAUAUAAAUUAAUAAACAAUGUUCCUAACACGAUCAGAAUAUGACCGAGGUGUCAAUACAUUUAGCCCGGAAGGAAGACUUUUUCAAGUAGAAUAUGCAAUUGAAGCUAUUAAACUUGGGUCUACUGCCAUUGGCAUUUGUACUUCUGAAGGAGUAGUGCUUGCUGUUGAGAAAAGGAUAACUUCACCACUAAUGGAGCCAACAACCAUAGAAAAGAUAGUAGAAGUUGAUCGUCAUAUUGCUUGUGCUGUGUCCGGAUUGAUGGCUGAUUCCAGAACACUUGUGGAGCGUGCCCGUGUAGAGUGUCAGAACCAUUGGUUUGUAUACAAUGAACGCAUGAGCGUAGAGUCCUGCGCUCAGGCUGUGUCCAACCUGGCAAUACAGUUUGGUGAUAGUGAUGAUGACAGUGGAACUGCAAUGUCUAGACCAUUCGGUGUUGCAGUGAUGUUUGCAGGCAUUGAUGAAAAGGGGCCACAACUAUUCCACAUGGAUCCCAGUGGAACAUUUGUUCAGUAUGAUGCUAAAGCUAUUGGAUCCGGUAGUGAAGGAGCUCAACAGAGUUUGAAGGAAGUGUAUCACAAGUCAAUGACUUUGAAAGAGGCAAUCAAGACAGCUUUGACAAUUCUAAAGCAAGUAAUGGAGGAGAAACUAUCCGAAAAUAAUGUAGAAGUUGUGACAAUGACUCCUGGCUCUAUGUUCCAUAUGUUCACGAGGGAACAGCUCGCAGAGGUCAUUAAAGAUAUACCUUGAGUUGGUUAGUUGUAAUGUAGACAUGGUUAUUGUUUAUUUUUGUCAUCUAAAUUGUUCAAAGAACAUAAAUAUAAAAGAUGAAAAUUCAAAAUUCAAGAAUUGUUAUACAUAUUUAGCAAGGCAAUAUUUAAAGUAAACCAUGCCUACAUUCAACUUAUAUAAGUAUAAUAGAGUACUAUUUGAAAUAAAUUGUAUUUAAUUUUUUUUAAUCAUGUAUGUAUUUUUACUAGUAAUAUCACUGUAGACAUUUUUCUAUUAUUAAAUAAAAGUAGCUUAAAUUACUGAAGAACCACAACUAUAAUAUUGGCAUAUUUGUUGACAAUAUUUAGUAAUUAUACAAUUUUAUUCAAAUACUACUCCUGAGGUGCGGUUUUGUCUAGAAUCUUACAGUAAGUAUCCAACGUUUAAUAAAAAAGUCUUAAAUU